AUGGAGGAAAAGUUAUAUAUCUUAGAUGGCCCAGUCCCUACCGAGCCUGAAAGUAAUUCUACUACUGCUCGCAAGGCACUGGAGAAACAUAACGAGAAUGCCGUUGAGGUAGCCUGCCUUAUGAAAGCCACCAUGUCUUCUGAACUUCAGAAGAACAUGGAAGAUAAGGAUGCUUAUGACAAGAUCAAGCAACUGAAAGGCAUGUUCCAGAAACAAGCCCGACAGGAGCGAUAUGACACCAUGAAACAGCUCAUAAGCUAUGAACAAACUUGGUUAUUCCACAAAACCAACCAAGUUCUAAUGGUCAAAUCUGGUGGUGUUAAGAAGCCCAAUAACAAGAAAAGGAAACAUAAGAGCAAAGGCAAGAGAAAAGUUGUUGUUACUGCCAGAAAUGCCACCAACAACAAGCAUGUUGCAAAACCACACACUCCUAGGAGCGUCAGUGCUUCGAAUGAGCCUGAAAAGUGGAAGAAACCGAAACAAGGCCACCUGGAACUCAUAGUUGGUAAUGGAAAGAGAGUUCCAGUUCUUGACAUGCCGAAGCUUGGGAAAGCCGGAAGCUUACAAAGCAGACAGGCCAUUGUGCACAGCCUUGUGCAUAGUGAAAGCUGGGCCAUUGAUUUGUCUUGGGAUAUCAUUGCGCGUUUUGGUAAGCAAGAGUCGAUGCCAAGAGAGUUCUUUGAUGAUUUUGUAAGAGUUGCACAAGAUGAAGGCCGUCAUUUCACUCUUCUUGCAGCCCGGCUUGAGGAAUUGGGUUCUUAUUAUGGAGCUCUACCGGCUCAUGACGGUUUGUGGGAUUCAGCUGUUGCAACUUCAAAAGACCUAUUUGCACGCCUUGCAGUAGAGCAUUGUGUUCAUGAGGCAGGAGGACUGGAUGUGCUACCUACUACCAUUUCUCGUUUUCGUAAUGGAGGCGAUAACCAAACAGCUGAAUUACUAGAGAAAGUGAUAUACCCUGAAGAAAUCACUCAUUGUGCCGCCGGAGUUAAGUGGUUUAAAUAUCUUUGUUCACGAUCACGUGGAGGUGAAGAAAGUGACGAUGAAGUGAUUAACAAGUUUCAUGAGGUUGUGAGGUCAUAUUUUAGGGGUCCAUUGAAGCCUCCUUUCAAUGAGUCGGCAAGAAGAGCUGCUGGAUUUGGUCCUCAAUGGUAUGAGCCACUUGAUGUCAAAGAUUUUACACAAUAAUGCUCACAUUUUGAGCUCAUUUUAUGAUAUUUUGACAUGUUCAUUGUCUCUAAACUAAGAUGUUUUGUUGGUGUGCAACUUAUCUUGUUCUAUGAUUUUUUUCUUUAA